AUGCCCCCCUCCAUGUCCUCCUCCACGCCCUUGCCCUCCUCCACCCCCUCCUCCUCGCCCUCCUCCUCGCCCUACUCCUCACCCUCUUCCAUGUCCUCCUCGCCCUCCUCCAUGCCCUCCUCCAUGUCCUCCUCCACGCCCUCCUCCUCGCCCUACUCCUCGCCCUCUUCCAUGUCCUCCUCGCCCUCCUCCUCGUCCUCCUCCUCGUCCUCCUCCUCGUCCUCCUCCAUGUCCUCCUCCUCGCCCUCCUCCAUGCCCUCCUCCAUGCCCUCCUCCAUGUCCUCCUCCACGCCCUCCUCCUCGUCCUCCUCCAUGCCCUCCUCCAUGCCCUCCUCCAUGUCCUCCUCCUCGCCCUCCUCCAUGCCCUCCUCCAUGUCCUCCUCCUCGCCCUCCUCCAUGCCCUCCUCCAUGUCCUCCUCCUCGUCCUCCUCCAUUGCCUCCUCCUCGCCCUCCUCCUCGCCCUCCUCCAUGUCCUCCUCCACGCCCUCGUCCUCCUCCUCGCCCUCCUCCACGCCCUCCUUUAUGCCUUCCUCCUCGCCCUCCUCCAUGUCCUCCUCCACGCCCUCGUCCUCCUCCUCGCCCUCCUCCACGCCCUCCUUUAUGCCUUCCUCCUCGCCCUCCUCCAUGUCCUCCUCCACGCCCUCGUCCUCCUCCUCGCCCUCCUCCACGCCCUCCUUUAUGCCCUCCUCCUCGCCCUCCUCCAUGCCCCCCUCCACGCCCUCCUCCUCGCCCUCCUCCAUGUCCUCCUCCACGCCCUCGCCCUCCUCCACCCCCUCCUCCUCGCCCUCCUCCUCGCCCUACUCCUCGCCCUCUUCCAUGUCCUCCUCGCCCUCCUCCAUGUCCUCCUCCACGCCCUCCUCCUCGUCCUCCUCCUCGUCCUCCUCCUCGUCCUCCUCCAUGUCCUCCUCCACGCCCUCCUCCACCCCCUCCUCCUCGUCCUCCUCCACGCCCUCCUCCUUGUCCUCCUCCUCGCCCCUCUUCUACCAGAAUGAAGGUUUUAUGGGGUUCUGA